CGUAGUUUUAUUAUAAUACAUUUCUUUUCUUUUCUCCUCCUCUCUUCUCUGUCGGGUUAUCUAAACGAAGCCUAACAACAUUUCACUCCUCAAAUCCACCCGGCGGCGCAAUCCGAACCAUUAUCGUUGUAAUUCAAAGUUGUAUCAGAACCGAGACUGGCACGAGAAGUCUGCUGAAUAUAAAGACAACCAACCAAACCAAACUUCUCCGCACAGUUUUUUCGAUUAGGAAUUAAAUGUAGUGCAAGACCAACCCACCCAACUAGUUGUCUGGUCGAUCCUGUCUUGUCACUUGUCUCUCUAUUAGUUUUUGAUUUCUUGUUUCAUUCAAGAAAUUAAGAUUUGCAGAGCCUAUAGAAGGAGAGAUGACGAGCCAAAUCUCGAGCCAUCUGGAGCCAUGGUGCGACCUGGACGGAAAGGUGGUGAUGGUCACCGGUGCGUCCUCGGGAAUCGGCCGCUACUUCUGUCUCGAUCUCGCCAAAGCCGGUUGCAAGAUUAUCGCUGCCGCUCGCCGAAUCGAACGGCUCCAAUCUCUCUGCGAUGAAAUCAACCGAUUCACCUUCUCGGACCACCCUCACUCGUCUCAACCCACCACUCUUCGGGCCGUGGCUAUUGAGCUUGACGUCAGCGCUGAUGGUACCACCAUCGACGCCUCUGUACGGAGAGCUUGGGAGGCGUUUGGCCAUAUUGAUGCUCUGAUCAAUAACGCUGGUGUUAGAGGUGGCGUGCAUGGUCCGUUGGAUUUAUCAGAGGAAGAAUGGAAUAAUAAUAUUAAAACAAACUUAACAGGUUCAUGGUUGGUGUCAAAAUACGUUUGUAUACGCAUGCGUGAUGCUAAUCUCGGCGGAUCAGUUAUCAAUAUUUCUUCUAUUGCUGGUCUUAAUCGCGGGCAGUUACCUGGAGGUGUUGCCUAUGCUUCUUCGAAGGCAGGCCUAAAUACCAUGACAAAGGUCAUGGCCUUGGAAUUGGCACCCCACAAAAUCAGAGUAAACUCAAUAUCACCAGGACUUUUCAGAUCUGAGAUCACCGAGGGUCUCAUGCAAAAGGACUGGCUUGACAAUGUGGCUUUGAAAACUGUUCCUUUAAGAACUUUUGGCGCAACGGACCCAGCAUUGACUUCGCUGGUACGAUACAUGAUCCAUGACUCUUCACAAUAUGUGACGGGCAACAUUUUCAUUGUUGAUGCAGGUGCUACAUUACCAGGUGUUCCCAUUUUCUCUUCCCUUUGAAUCUUUAUUAUAAUAUGUACUCAACUCGAGAAAACAUUGUCCCAAUUAUUAAGGACUGACUGCAAAAAUCCAAAUUUGUCUUAUCCUAUA